AUGGUGCUACAUCAGAUAACUCACAGGAGGGAGAAAACAUAUGACUGUGCAGAUUGUGUGAAAGUUUCAUUAGAAAUUCCCAGUGGGAAAAGGUUCAGUGAGAAUUCCUUCCUGGUAAAGCACCUGAGGACUCCCACAAAAGGGAAACCCUUUGAAUGUCCCGAUUGUGGAAAAAAUAUAAGACCCCAGAGAACUCACUCAGAAGAAAAACCCUUUGAAUGUCCUGAUUAUGGGAAACUCACAAUUCUGGUGAUACACCAGAAGACUCCCAUAGGAGAGAAAUAUUUUGAAUGUCCUAUUUGUUGGAAAACUUUCAGUUAUGAUUCCAAUUUGUGGAGUUCCAACCUGGUGAUACAUCAGAGGACACACACAGGAGAGAAAUCCUUUGAAUGUCCUGAAUGUGGGAAAAAUUUCAGUCGAAAUGACCACCUGGUGAUACAUCUGCGAACUCACACAGGAGAGAAACCCUUCGAAUGUCCUAUCUGUGGGAAAAGCUUUAGUACUCAUUCCAAUCUGGUGAAACACCAGAUGACUCACACAGGAGAGAAACCCUUUGAAUGUCCUAUCUGUGGGAAAAGCUUUAUUACGAAUUCGAUCCUGGUGGAACACCAGAGGACUCACACAGGAGAGAAACCCUUUGAAUGUCCUGAUUGUGGGAAAAGUUUCAGUCAGAAUUCCAGUCUGGUGAGACACCAGAGGACUCACACA